AUGUCGUCAGGAGUCGUGCGCCGAGGUGCGCUGCACGCGCCCCGCGCCGCCGCGUCGCGGGCUGCGCCAGGUCCGAAGGCCUUCGCCGCCGCUGCGUCGCGGACGCUCGUCUCGCGGGCUGCGGCCGGCCCGAAGGCCUUUGCCGCCGAGGAGAGGGCUGCGGCGAAGGCUGCGGCCUCCGCCGGGAUCGGCGCGCCAACCUACACGCAGCUGGCCAACCGCUACCUCCUUUCGUUCGGGUCGCUGCUCGCUGGUGCGUCCGUCGUGCACCUCACCUUCAUGCCCGACCUCACGAUACCGCAGCUGCAGGAUGGAGCCUCUCCCCAUGAUUGCGGCGAGCCUGAGCCUUCGACUGACAGUGGCGAGGGCUUUAUCCCGACGCCCACAUUCCGUGGCGCGCGGCCGGGGAUGGUGUACAAGCUCGGGGGCGCGGGACUGGGGUACUAUCCAGACCGGGCGAGGAACCGAUAGAGAGCCGUGUGGGUGCGCGACGACAGGUAAAGCCGUACGACUAGGAGGGAGGGGUGGACAAACCAGACACCAGUCCGUUAUCUCAUAGGCCUGCCUUGGUAUAAUUUACUGAGAUACUAGGCUCUUCCCUG